AUGUCUCGAAGAACUAGAUCUCAAAUCAUCAACGAUGCCGAGAUCAGCUUGGCCCCACCUCUUUCAGCCCCUAAAAGAAAAAAAAGAAAACAAAAUAUAAAGCCCUCAACUACUCAAACUCCUGCUACUCCAGCCUCUAUUUCUUCUGCCAUUGAUUCUACUCAAACUCCUGCUACUCCAGUCUCUAUUUCUUCUGCCAUUGAUUCUACUCAAACUCCUGCUACUCCAGCCUCUAUUUCUUCUGCCAUUGAUUCUACUCAAACUCCUGCUACUCCAGCCUCUAUUUCUUCUGCCAUUGAUUCUACUCAAACUCCUGCUACUCCAGCCUCUAUUUCUUCUGCCAUUGAUUCUACUCAAACUCCUGCUACUCCAGCCUCUAUUUCUUCUGCCAUUGAUUCUACUCAAACUCCUGCUACUCCAGCCUCUAUUUCUUCUGCCAUUGAUUCUACUCAAACUCCUGCUACUCCAGCCUCUAUUUCUUCUGCCAUUGAUUCUACUCAAACUCCUGCUACUCCAGCCUCUAUUUCCUCUAAUAUCGGUUCUUCUGGCCCUAAUAGAAUUUUUACUACUGCUGAUUCUUUGAAUAUUUUUAAAUGUUUUGCUACUUCAGGUUCUAUUUCUUCUGCCAUUGAUUCUACUCAAACUCCUGCUACUCCAGCCUCUAUUUCUUCUGCCAUUGAUUCUACUCAAACUCCUGCUACUCCAGCUUCUAUUUCUUCUGUCAUUGAUUCUACUCAAACGCUUGCUACUCCAGCUUCUAUUUCCUCUGCCAUUGAUUCUACUCAAACUCCUGCUACUCCAGCCUCUAUUUCUUUUGCCAUUGAUUCUACUCAAACUCCUGCUACUCCAGCCUCUAUUUCCUUUGCCAUUGAUUCUACUCAAACUCUUGCUACUCCAGCCUCUAUUUCUUCUGCCAUUGAUUCUACUCAAACUCCUGCUACUCCAGCCUCUAUUUCUUCUGCCAUUGAUUCUACUCAAACUCCUGCUACUCCAACCUCUAUUUCUUCUAAUAUUAAUAUUAUGAUUAAAAAAGAAAAAAAUGUCAAGAAAUUUCCAAAUGAAGAUAUUAUACAACAUGCAAAAUCUAGCACCGAGUCACUGUCUACCACAGAGCCUAAAGUGAUCGAUUUGACGCUUGAUAUGGAUGUCAAAAAAGUUCCUUCGUCAACUCUAAAUAUGUCACCCUUUUUGCAGCAGCCGUUUGAAAAAGCUGUUUUGAUUGAAAUGCCCACGGGUACCCCUUUCCUUUCUGAGCUUACCCAAUUGGACAUGGUAGAUGUUGUUAGUGAUAAACUUACAAAUUUCAGCAUUUUGUGGGUUUUUGCAGCUUGUAUAGCCAUUGAGAAAAAGAAAAAUCCAUCUAAUGUAGAGCUAUUUUUUAAUAGAAAUUGUGCUGUCUCCUCUCAUGCUAAUCACUCCCUUUUAUACUUUUUCCCUUCUUUUUCUUAUACAAAUAACAAUGAUUUUGAGAAAUAUCUUAGAACUACGUUUGAGCGAUCUUCAUGGUUCCAGUCCUUUCAAGCCGGAAACGUUGAUCAAGAGUUUGGUUUAUUUCUACCUAUUAAUUACAUGAAUCACUGGUCUCUUGUUUUUGUUUAUUGUCGUCCAAUUAGUGACAGCUUUCAAGUUUUUGUCAGUGAUUCCUUAAAUUCAUCUAAGGAAUCAUUUUUUGAAAAUGCUUCUCAAAAGAGUCAACAUUUUGAUUUAGAAGUUUUUCUAUCUAAUCUUAAUUUGCUUCGACAAAACCUUUACACUUCUAGCUGUUUUACUACUGAUACUACACCACUCUCAAAGCCUUUAUCAAUUGAGGAUCUAACGUUUAAAACGCUGCACAUUCAAAAUGAUGAUAGAAGCUGCGGAGUACAAUUGGCUUUAAACGCGACAUGCAUAUGUGGGGCUUAUUUAUCAUCUGAUGGUAUUCUAAAUUGGCUACAAAGUGAACAGUCAUUACCACAGUACUUUGGUGAAAGUUUAUUAGUACUUCGAACUCUUAUUGGAAAAGAAGUAUCCGAAAAUCCUUCUCUUAAGCCAUGCCAGAAAAAAAAAAAAAACAAGAGAAAUACUUCCAUUGAUUAUAAGGGUGAAUUGGAAUUAACUGAUGAAUUCAAAAAUUAUUUUAUUACCACUUAUAAAGAAGCUUCGGCAGCUCAGUUUUUAAGGAGAAAUGUGCUAAUGUUUUUUGAUAAAUUGAGCCAUCAAAAAAAAGAACUAGGACAAGCUGAAAACAAUAUCCAUGAUGAGGUUUUAGCUAGUAAUGAUUCUUGUCCUUAUUGGUCUGACAGGUUUAUAUUUGAAACACUAUUGAUUAAUUUUGAUUUCUUUAAUCUUUAUCCAAAUCUUUCCAACAUCAUCCAGGAAGGAAAAGUAGAGGAGGAAAAUAUGUGGAGAGAAAUUGUGAAUAAAGAGCUACACAUUCCUUCUGAGGAGUUGAUAUCUGAAUUUAUUGUGGAUUCCAGUAAGGAUAAAUAUCUGGCCAUUUAUAACCAUUGCAUCAAACUUAUUCCAGAGGAGAGUUUUUUUUUGAAUUUUUCAAAAGUAUUGAUCCUGUGUCUAUGA